AUGCCCGCUUCCACCAAAAAAAGACCCGACAAGGAAAAGCUCUUAGCAAUUCAAUUUGAAUCUCUUAAAGAACGCACAGAUUCCCUCCUCGCAAUUGCAGACAAAAAUCUAGACACCUACAAGCCCGAAGUGGCUGCUGCUAUGUUCGAAAAGGUUUCGUCUCUUAUAGAGGAGUUGACAGGCUCCUUUUCUUCCUGGCUCCUAGUCUCAACAGACCUGGAGGAUGAUAAAAUCCUUUCCGUUAAAUCCUCGUUCAACAACACGUCAAAAAUCGCUGACGAGGUACUUGUCAAACUCAAAGCCGCAUCUCCUGUUCCUGUACCCACUCCUCCAGUCAAAAUGGAAAAACCAUCAUUGUCAUCUUCUAAGUUAAGAAAAGUAGAUUUUCGUCCUCUGGAAAAGAGCGGUACCAAAAAUUGGUUCCAUGACUUAGAAAUCGUUUUUAAGGCAAUGGGCAUCACAGAGGAAGACAUCCAAUACGCGGCUCUUCUUCGGCUCAUCGAUGCGCAGACGAGCAACCUCCUGACGUCCAUCUCAAGAAGCAAACCGGACGACAGUUACUCACAGGCAAAAGCUCUGAUCAUCUCGGAGUUUUCCCUUUCGAAGUACGACAGGGCAAAGUUGUACUUACUGGAGUCAUCUCCUGGUCCAGAGGAAAACUUGUCUCACUUUGCCUCCCGUAUUGAGGUACUCUUCGAUGAUCUCUCCUUAGACGACAUCCGCAAAUUCACCGUUCUUCGACAUGCACCAUCAUCCGUGAGACUGCAGCUGGCGGGCUCUGGCUUCGACUCCAAAAGUUUCGUUGAUCUCGUAAGAGAAGCCGAUCAACUUACGCAGCGUGCGAAGCAGGAUUCUUUCGUUGUCGGCGCCAUCCAGAACAAGAGCCGUACUAAUCCUGGAAAACAAAAUAACAGGAGUAAGGUAUGCAGCUUCCAUGUAAGGUUCGGGAACAACGCGAGAACGUGUUCUGGAGAAGGAAAAUGUUUAUUGUGGUCGAAAGGUUUGCCUCUUCCUCGUGAAAAUACAUCGGGAAACGACGCCGGCAAGCCGUCGCGAGGGUAG